AUGUGGCAAAAAUGUAAAAUUUUAAUUUAUUUUAUAACGAUCGUUGUGAGUGCAAACAGCGCUUCUAUUGAAAAGAUACAACAAGAGAAUAUAGAAAUAUUAACGGAGAGUUUUGCACAAGGAUGGAAGGCGUUCUGUGAGGCCCCUGUGGAUGAGGGUGUUAUGUCUUUGUUUGAUGGCAUUAAUCCCAGUGAUACUACCAUACAUGUCUUGACCUUAAAUAAUCAAAGUGUAGAGUUACCCAUACGUUCCUUAUCGGAGUUAAGGGAUUUCGAUAUAAAUCCCAAGCGCAAGACUUUGCUUUAUAUUAAUGGUUUCUAUACCGCCGACAGUUACUUUAGCAUACAAUCUCAUCUACAUAUGCUGCAGUCCAGAAGGCGGGAACUCAAUGUUAUUAUUGUAAACUUUGCCAAGGAUAUUCAACAGUUGUACUAUGCCCUCCGACAUCAUCUUACCUUGCAGGGUUAUUUUGUUUCUAAAAUCCUAGAAGUUUUAACUGAGAAUGGUAUUGAUCCUAAAGAUAUAACUGUGGCGGGACAUUCAGUGGGCGCCAAUGUGGCUGCUUUGGGCAUCUCCACUUAUUCCGAGGAAUAUUUCAAUAACUACAAGCAGAUUUCCAUUAUAGGCCAACUUAUAGCUAUAGAUCCUUGUUCGUAUAUCUGUGGCUCCAGUGAUUUAUAUGUUCGUCGCAAUAUUUCCUCCCGGGUGGUGGUAAUUCAUGGUGAAGGUAAUGUUUUUGGUGUACGCAGUCCUAUGGGUUCCAUAGAUAUUUAUCCCAAUGGUAUUGGCUACUUUCCCAAGAGACGUUUACAGCCGGGUUGUAAUAGUUCUGUAUGCAGUCACAUGUAUCCUUUCCUAUUAUUUAUGGAGGCAUUGGUUGAGGAAGUGAGUAUCCCGGCGGUGAAAUGUGAAAGUUGGUUACAGUUUAGAGAACAAAAUUGUGAUUAUACUAAUACAGUGGAAUUUGGUAUAACAUAUCCGGAAAUGGCUAAAGGUUUAUACUUUUGUGUAACCCAACCUUCUCCACCGUUUACGUUAAAGGAGCAGGGGUUGAAGUAUAUUAGCAGGAUUAAGAGAAAGUGA